AUGUCGAGUCGAAUGAAGUCAUUCAGGGCCACGAGGCAUCGACGAAUCCGGGGGUCACAGAAUGACUGGGGAUUCCCUGCGCGCAGGUGCCGAUCAACCAAUUGCGAUUCGCACCGCCUCAACCCCUAUACGCACAAGGGUGUUCACAUCGCAUCCGAAUAG